CUCACAUAUAUAGUCACAUGAGUCACACCACUCACGCCAACACAAACACUUAUUUAGUUUUCUUUCACUAUAAAAACCAACCCCUACUCUCCAACAAUUCACAAUUCACAAUUCACAAUUCACAAUUCCCAUACAUUUUAGAGAGAAAGGAAGGCGAAAAAUGGCUAAUCCUAGCAGCAUUAAGGUGCAAAAGAAGAAGCAACUCCGUAGAUCUCUCCGCACACUUCGAAACCUCGUCCAUUCCAACUCGAAUGACGUGAACACAAUCCUUAGCGAUGCCUUCGUCUGCAUAAUAGACUCAGUGAAGAAGAUAGAGGAACUUCAAAAGGAAUUACAAACUAUGGUUCCUAUUCAGCAUCAACCACCUCCAGUGGAAGUGAAGGUAGAAGAGCAAGGGGAGAGUAAAUAUCAAUUGAAUGUAACGAGCCCAAGUGAAGACGGAAAGAACUAUUUCACUCUUAUCGUGGGGGCGAUAGAAGAGAAGGGGAUAAAUAUUAUAAGCGCCUCAGUUUCGCGCUUGUUUUGGUUUAACAUGGAAGCUAUUGUUGAAGUUACUCAAGCUAUUGAUUCAAGUGUUUUAACUGAAAUUAUUUUUAAGGCAAUUGGGAAAUGUGGCGUUAAUUAACAACUAGCAAUGUAUUUUUGCUAGAAAAUCAUAAACUAAUAAUGAGUAGUUAAAUUAAGUGAGUUUAAUUUUAAAAGUAUGAUUAUUCUCGGUCACCUUAAUUAUAGCGUCAUGAAAGUUGUUAUGAAAUAUUGGAUGGAUGCCCAUUAUACCCCUAUAUAUUUCCGGAAUAUUCUAGAUCUUAGGGUUUAUUGUUCCCCAAGCGAACCCUAUUCUAUUAUAUGUAUAUAUAUACCCCAUUGUUCAUGGAAUAAGAUACACAGUUGUUCUCUCCUAAUUUCUCCUCUUUCAUCUCUU